AUGCCGCGCCUCCUCCGCCCGCUCCUCCGACUGACCCUCGGCCGUCCCUCCCGCACCCUCACCACCACCGCCCGCCAGUCCUCCUCCUUCCUCGACUCCUCCCCAGCCCCGCCCCGCCUCCCCGCCGACCAACAAGCUGAGUUCGAGCGCCUCCAGCGCGCUGCCGAAGCCGCACUGUCCACGCACACCUCCAUCCCCAACAUCCCGCCACCGCCGCCGCUCGCGACCUCGCGGCACGUCACGACCCCUUCCUCUAGCUCUACCCCCAACACCACCAACACGACAACGACAACGACAACACAGUCAAGUUUUACCGAGACAGGGGCGGCAGCAGCAUCACAGCUAAGCAUCAGCGCAGGCUCCCUAAGCGCCGGCAUCCGCCAGGGCGCGCCGCCCGAGUUCGAAGGCGACAGGAAUCCUAAGACGGGCGAGAUCGGCGGGCCCAAGAACGAGCCCCUGCGGUGGGGCAGCGCGGGGGACUGGAGUUAUAAUGGGCGGGCUACUGAUUUUUGA